AUGAGUAUAGUUGGAGAACCCCCGAAGCGGGCAAAAAUUGACUAUGCAAUGGCAUUCGAUAACGUCGACCUCGAGAAAGUAAAGUUCCCCCAUGAUGACCCCUUAGUAAUUACACCAGUGAUUGGAAACUCGUCCGUAAAGAGAGUGCUCAUUGAUAAUGGAGCCUCGGUGGAUAUCUUGUUCUAUGAUGCCUAUGAAAAGAUGGGAUACUCCGAUACUCAACUAACACCCUCGGAUAUGCCUAUAUAUGGCUUCAACAAUGUGGAAACCAAGAUUGAAGGCAUGAUCAAACUCCCUGUAACUAUGGGUACCGAACCUAGACAAACCACAUGUAUGAUAAAUUUCUUGGUUGUUAAAGCUUCGUCGACCUAUAAUGCCAUCCUUGGAAGAACUGGGAUACACGCUUUUAAGGCAAUCCCGUCCACUUACCACAUGAAGAUUAAAUUCCCGACUAGGAACGGAAUUGGAGAAGAAUUAGGAGAUCAGGAAAUGGCCCGAAGCUGUUAUAUUGGGGCACUAAGAUCUGGAGGUGCUGGGGGGCAAGUACUACCCAUAGAGGAUCUCGAUGUCCGAGGAGAGGAAGAAAGAAGAGGCAAGCCCGCCGAAGACUUGAUUCCAAUCCCAUUGUAUACUGAGGAACCCGAAAAGGUUACUUAUGUUGGAGCCUUACUUCAGGAAGACUUGAAGCAAGAACUAGUGAGGUUCUUGAGGAACAAUCGUGAUGUUUUUGCUUGGACAACGGCUGACAUGCCAGGUAUUGAUCCCUUAUUCAUGACUCAUAGGUUGAAUGUGAAUCCUGAUAGGAAACCGAUUAAGCAAAAGAAGUUGAAUUUCGCUCCCGAAAGGCAGGAAGCCAUUAAACAGGAGGUUGAUAAGUUGCUGGAAGCCGGGUUUAUUGAGGAAAUUCAAUUUCCGGAAUGGCUAGCUAACCUUGUCAUGGUCAAGAAGGCCAAUGGAAAGUGGAGGAUGUGCGUAGACUUCACUGAUCUGAAUGAUGCUUGUCCCAAGGAUUGUUUCCCUCUUCCAAGGAUAGACACAUUAAUAGAUGCCACUGCUGGCCAUGAGAUGCUAAGCUUUAUGGACGGGUUCAGCGGAUAUAAUCAGAUCCGGAUGAACAAAGACGACGUCCCCAAGGUAUCAUUCAUUACCGACUUUGGUGUCUUCUGUUAUUUGGUUAUGGCAUUUGGACUUAAGAAUGCAGGAGCUACAUACCAACGCCUAGCAAACAAGAUGUUCAAACAUCUAAUAGGUAAAACUAUGGAAGUAUCGUUGAUGAUAUGCUGGUGA